GAAAUAUCAUUUUAAAUCAUACUCACGAUUUCUCUUUAGUUUCAUAAAUAAAUGAUCAAAUUUACAAUUAUUUUGUAAGCUUUUCCGAUGUGAUUCAGUAUCUUUCUUGUGAUGUGUUUCAGUUCUCAUUCCGAUCAAAACAGAUAGCACGUGGAAAGAGGUUAGGAAGUGUUGUGUUCGAUAGAAUUUGUAUAUUUGUUUAAAUUUUUCAUAUUUCUUAUUCAUGAUGAUUGCAUUAGAUACUACGGCAAAAAUCGGCAAAUCACCGAAAAAACCCCAAGUGGAAAUAAGGGAAGACAGUGAUGAUAAUGAACAAGAUAGUGAUGAAGAUGCUAUGGAAUCUGAAGAACAGGAAUUGGAAAGCGCAGAUAAAGGAUAUAGAGAUACAGAUUCCGACGAUGAUGAAUCUAGUACUCAUAAAUCUGAAGGAAAUCCAAACUGGGCAGAUGCUAUGCAAAAAAUUCUGCGUACAAAGAAACCUAAGCGUAAGAAGACAAUAGUUUUAUCUAAGGCAAAAAAAUUAUGUGAUGUAAAGAAAGAAAAAAGCCAAGAUGUAUCAUUUGAGAUUGAAAAGGUGAAAGAGGAAAUUAAAACAGAAGAACCAGAGGAAACUAAGAGUAAAGUACAAAGACCACUUACACAAUUGAAAGAAAGAAGAAAAGACAAUUUGGGUAUUAGAGUAAAACCAAGUAUAACAGAUAGAGAACGUGAAAGAGUAUUACAAAAAAUUGCUACAAAAGGUGUAGUACAAUUGUUUAAUGCAGUAAGACAGCAACAAGGGGUCAUUAAUGAAAAGUUGUCAAAAGCUGGUCCAUUGGAAAGAAAACGAGAACAAGUACUUAAAAGUAUUGAUAAAAAUUCAUUUUUAGACAUUCUUAUGGGUGGAAGUAAAAGUAUUCAAGUGGAUAAUGAUGUCAAAAAUGAAUCACGCGAGAAUGAGAAAAAUAAGGAAGAAGAAAAAGGAGUAUGGAGUGUGUUAAGGGAUGACUUUGUUAUGGGAACAAAGCUGAAGGAUUGGGAUCGUAAAAGUGAUAAUGAAGAUUCUUCUGCACCAGAAGAUAUAGAUAGUGAUAAUUAAAUUUUAUGAAAAUAUAGAAUGUUUGUGCAUCUAUCAAAGAAUCAUUUAUACAAAAUUGAUUUGAAGGUAUGUUGUCACUAUUUCUGAACUCAUCAUAUUGGAAAGUUAUUAUUACUGAAUAUGUUAGUAGAAUCAAUUAGAAAUCAUUUUCAAUAUGCUUCUUUAUUGUUAAUUUAAUCUUUACCUUUGCAUUAAAAUCUAUUAAAAUUGUUGCCCUUAUUUUUGAAAACAAUUUUUGAAAAAAAAAAACAAAAAAAUACUAAAUUUUUACUAAAUAUUUUAUUUUAAUAAUAACUUAUAUUUGAUAUUUCUUGAGCUACGCAACAACAGUAAUAAUAAUGUGAACAAUGUAUAAUUUAUCAUAUGUUUAUACGCAUAUAUGUGAUUCUAUCUAAAAUUAAUUUUCAUUUUUCAUUUUAUUUAUGCCAUAUACUUAUGGCUUAAGAAUAGCGCGAUAUUUUUUUUUUUUUUGUAAAAUGAUACAAUACACCCCUUUGUGUAUUUAGGUCACAUUAUUUUAGAGUAAUGAGUCAAAUUUAAUUUAGGUCCGUACUUGCAUAUACUUGAUCUGUACAUAGGACUUAUCCUGUCUAACAGUCAUUCUAUACACAGCUUAUUUAUAUAUAUUUUCUUUUUAUCAUUUUCUCGCAAUGAUAAUUAUGCAAUUAAUAUGUUAUCGACUUUAUGGACAUGUAGAAUUAAAAAUUUUAAGCAUUUUGAGCUAAGCUUGUAUGCCAGACAUUAACGAGCUUGUUACAUUUUAUAGUAAAAUAAUAUAAAAAGCAAAUGUACAAUAAAUGGUAUCUAGCACGAAUUACUAAUAACAUGUACAAAA